UGCUGUAACACCGACCGGCCGCAGCAUGUGUCCGCGCACAGCGUGGCAUGGGUAUAGGCAUCGUCCAUAUCAUUCCAGUGUCAGAGCACAGGAUAGUACAACACGGUGCAGGACACCUAGAAUUACGGCCACAUAUGGCUAUGCGAUACAGUGGAAGCCGCAAGAAGCUACAACCUAAUCGUACACGCGCACGCAGACACUCUAGAACAGGGGGAACGACAGUAGGUAGUAGGAACGCACAUUUGGCGGCGAUGGUGAGGGGUAGGGAUGUCCGUACUACACAGCCCAGCUGGCAGGCCCAUAGUGCGGAGCAUUAACUUACAGAAGGGACGAGAGGGUAGGGAUGUGAUAUUCUAGUAGGCACGCACUGUGGCGUGCAUUUACCAGAAGGGCUGCAAUUACCAGCCAAAGAUUCUAUCGAGAGCAGGUCGUUAGCGCGUGGCCGCUACAAUGAGAACGAACACUUACUCCUCAUGCAGUUCCACGCCGUU